AGGGGGCAGCGCUCGGCCGGGCGCUGGGGACGGGGCUGGGUCAGGAAUAGCGCCGCCGUUCCCGGCGGGAGCAUCCCGGAGCGGGUGCUUCCUCCGGCAUUUCCUCGUGUGUUCCCUUGCCGCCCUUCGCCCUCCCAGGAGAGCCGGCCCCCGGGACGGGGUGACGAGGCCCGGGCACUGGGCAGAGACGGCGAUCCCCGGCGCCUCCCCACCGCAGCCGCCCCCGUCUCCAGCGGGGAAGCCGGGAGCGUGGGGGCGGAGGGCGGCCCGGGGCUGCGGAGCCCCCCGGCCAUGGAGCAAGUCCAGAUGAUCAACAUCCAGCGGCUGCURGAGGCGGCCGAGUAUCUGGAGCGAAGGGAGAGAGAGUGCGAACAUGGCUAUGCCUCGACCUUCCCCUCAGUUCCAAGCCCUGGACUACAAGAGCCAAAGCCCACGCGGAGGCUGAGCCGGGCACGGAAAUACAGCGGCAGUGGCAGCAUUGCCAGUAUUGCCACCAGGUCUACGCACAACGAACUAGAAAAGAACCGCCGAGCUCAUCUCCGCCUGUGUUUAGAACGCUUAAAAGUUCUGAUACCGCUCGGACCAGACUGCACCCGGCACACCACGCUUGGGCUGCUCAACAAAGCCAAAGCACAUAUCAAGAAACUUGAAGAGGCUGAGAGGAGAAGCCAGCACCAGCUUGAGAAUCUGGAACGAGAACAAAGAUUCCUAAAGAGAAGACUGGAACAACUACAGGGUCCUCAGGAGAUAGAGCGAAUACGAAUGGACAGCAUUGGAUCUACCAUUUCCUCGGAUCACUCAGACUCGGAGCGAGAAGAGAUUGAAGUGGACGUUGAAAGCACAGAGUUCUCCCAUGGAGAAGUGGACAAUAUCAGCACAACCAGCAUCAGUGACAUUGAUGAUCACAGCAGCUUGCAGAGUAUUGGGAGUGACGAGGGUUACUCCAGCGCCAGUGUCAAGCUCUCGUUUGCUUCCUAGAACCAAGUGAGACAACAGUGCAGGGUGAAUGAUUUCACUGGGGUGAUCARACUGGGUCCUAGAUGCCAGUAUCCUCUUUCAGAAUUGACAUAUUGACAGCUAGGCCUGGAGAGACCUGUAUAUAAAGCUUUUUGGGUAAAGGAAGCCUCCCCAGAAACCCACAUUUGUUCAUUUGGUCAUGUUACCAAUCCCAAUUUCUGCUGGCAAAAACUUAGACCAAACACUAGUCCCUUUGAAGUCAGUGAAAUCCAUUUGUUUCUGUGGGACCUGGAUCUAGACCUUAGUGAUGAAAACUUUGUUUUGAAAUUAUUUGAAAUUGUUUGAAAGAGGAUACUAGAGACUCAUCCCUCUCUUUCUAUCAUAAGAUCUGAGAAAUGUCAAAAUUUCUUACACUGCAUUCAGGUUGAACAACCUAAUUUAGGCCCUUCYGAAGAGCUUUUGUGGUCCUGAAAGGAUUGUAUCCUACAGUUUAUCACAAUCUAAUGCUGUCAUAAUGUACUAGGAAAUCUAAAAAGGCUUACGUAGCCUAGGAAUAAGUGACGAUAAUGAUUAAGGUCUCAUUCUGUGCCCAGAGGGAGAGGGGCAGCAAAGAGAGAUGUUCAGGGGAGAAUACCAUUCAACUCAGCUUUCUGUUGGACAUCAUUUAAACAGUGAGUACCUCUGAAGCGUGGCUAAAGCGAGAGGUACACACUUGUAAUCUACCAGCACAUGGUGGGCUGUCGCGCCCGGGGCUGUGCCAGCGCCAGCAGGUCCCCGGUAGAUGUGUGCCCCUCGCAGGGACACGGCCAGCUGAGGGCAGAACGAAACCAGCACUCGAGAGGUGACACACCAGACAGUCAUGCCCAGAUACUGAGCCACUAUGACCUUUUUAUUUGAAGCGAUUUUUUGAUAAACAUUUGUAAAUGUGUUGGGAGGGAAAACACCCCAAGUCUGAUGCGUCUUUUUAGACUUGUCCAUAUGAAACCUUAGAUGUCUUUUAUAUAAAUUUAUGCCAUGAAAAGAUCUCUGUUUUGAUGAAGCACUUGACCCAAUGAAAUGCAAAGAUGCUUUUUUUUGUCAUGCACACAAUGGAUGAAGGCUGUGCUAGCUGGAAGAGGCCAGGUUUGGUGGGGGUUCCUUCAGUUUUCUUUUUUAGAAUCAUUCCCUUUGCUGACUUUUGAAGUUCCAGUUCAGUAGUUAACCUAGUUAAGCUCAGCACGUCUCUCAUGUUAAUGUAACGUUUUGACUGCACGUCCUGUUCCCAAGGGCCUUGCCAUCUUAUCUGUGCAGGUGCUGUUAAGAGCUGUUAUAGCGAAUGUUUUCUAAUUUUCUCCAAGACAAGCAUUCUAACCUGCACUUUGAGGGCUUUGCUUUUUUAUUUUUGUCUUUUUAAUGGCCAGGAUUAUUUUGUUUUCCAAGUUUUAAAAACCUUAAUAGAGACUUCACCUAUGGCAUUGUUUGAAACUUUGUAUAUCCUUAAGUAAUUUAAUUACCCCUCAUUACUAAGAAAAAAAAAAGAGGAAAAAAAUUGCUUUAUAAAAUUCGUAACUUAUUGCUGAUUUGAAUGGGUUGUUAAUUUCAGUCCUUUAGAUUUUAUUUUAUUGUUUUAGAUAGGGUUGGUAAAAAGAGGUAAAAUAAAGUAAAAAAAUAAAGACAACCAUA